AUGCAUCCAUUCACCAAAGACAUCCAACCAGUGGUGAUAAACGGAAGACCUCAGUCGAAACUGGAGCCGCCCAAAUCAAAGUCAGCGGCUGCGCUCGUGAAACGCAAGAACCGCAAUGCACGCAGAAAGAGCCACUAUCAGCAUCAUCAUAAUAGCAACAACAGCAGCGGCAAUAACAGCAGCGGAAAUAUUGAUGAUCAUGACAACAGCGUUGGGCAUCAUGACGAUGAUCUGGCCAAGGAGCCGUGUCAAUUUGUGCCCGUGCGUCGCAAGCCGCUCGGUGAAUAUAUGAAUUUGGAGGGACCAACUCUAACAGCUACAGCUCCGGCGGCAGCGGCGGCAGCAGCAGCCGCAACAACAGGAGCUACAGCAAUAACAACAGCAACCACAACAGCAACACCAGUAGCACCAUCUCCAGCAGCAACGUCAUCAUCAUCAUUGCCAUCGACGGCAAUGCAGGGCAUGCGAAUGAGCUAUGCGGCAGCCGUACAAACUGGAUUGGGUGUGAAAGUAAUGAUAUCGCCGCGUCUCAAAAAAUUUAAUAACAAGCCUGGCAGCAAGGGUCAAAAGGCCAACAACCACAAUAACAAUCAUCAUAAUAAUAAUAGUAAGAUAAUCGCUGACACAAAGUUUCGAAUAUUUGAUGAGCAACCACAUAAGCCGCACAUUGUCCGAGUCGAUCCAAAAGUGUUUCGUGCUGAUGUUGAGGCUAUGAAAGGAGCUGCACGAUUGAAGACAACCAAAUCGAAAAAGGCAUCGGCAGCAGCAGCAGCAACAGCAACAGCAACAACAUCAACUCCAAGAAUCCUCACAUUGAAAACAAGCGAGCUGCCAACUAAGCCGAAAGCUAAAUCGGAAGAUGCUGAGAUUAAAGAGCUUGAAUUGCAAUUCAAAGAACUGGCAUGCAAUACGGAUGACACCGCUGCCAUUGCGGAAGACGUGAUGCAGACAGCUAGGAAUUUGAAUUCAAUUCAAGGCAGUUCAUCAACAGCAUCGAAUGACAGCCAGGGCGCACCAAUCAACCAGCACCACAACACCAUCAACAAUAACAACAACAAUGUGAAAUCACCGACAUUUGUGGAUUCGAUCAGCUAUUUAAGCUUUCAUCAUGAGCGAUUGCAGCAGAUAGUCAAAAAUCAAAGCAUUUGCGUCAUUUGCUUACAAUCGCCAGAACCAAUGAAGAUACCACAAUUUGAGGACAAACAUUUUAAAUAUCUCGAGGAAGCUUCACUUUUGGCACAAAAUCGCACCAUGCUACGCUUAUGGCUGAACUCUGAUCAACUGAUAUGCUAGUAAACAUUUUUCAGACAGAUAAAUUUUUAAAGUUAUAUUAGUUAUAUUGUGUGUUCUAAGUUAUGCCUGUUGACUAAACACUAAAUUGAAACGCAACGGCCAAACAAUAAACUUGGCCUGCCUAUGCAGUGGCCGAUAAUAUAGUA